AUUUUCUAAUAUUUAGUCAUACCGGGGACGACAACGAUAUAGUUGACAUCAGUCGUCAGCUUUGAAUCUUGACCUCAUUAUUGAUCAAUACUUCCUGAGAGAAGAAGUGAAGGCGACAAUGUCUACACAAUACCCACCACCAAAUGAUGGCAAGAUGCCCCCACCUCCAGCAUAUAGUGGCUAUGAGCAGUAUCCACAGGGGCAAGGGUAUGCACCCCCACCUCCUCCUGCCCAAAGUCAAACAACAUAUGGGGGCUUCAGUGGACAGCCAACAGUUGGCUAUAGCUAUGGUAACCCAGACACUGGGCCUAGUGAUAACAGAGUUACCCCAUCACCAUCAGAUAUGUUUGAUGACCAGUCAUUCUCUAAUAAAGUUGUAAGGAGAGGAUUUAUCAAAAAAGUGUACCUGAUAUUGUUCACUCAGCUAUUAGUGACAUUUGGAUGCACUAUGCUUUUCUCCCUUGUGAAACCAAUCAAGGAGUUUUGUCAGUCACACCCAGGUGGAACAACAUUUUACUAUGUUUCCUAUGGGACAUUUUUUGUGACCUACUUUGUCCUGAUUUGUAUUCCAUCUGUCAG